AUGGCAGCUUUAUCCUCCAAUUCUUUAGCUGAAUUCCUUCUACUUCUUAUUGCCAUUAGUUCAUACUUAAACUCUAGCUCAGCUGCUAGAGUCACCCCAAAAUCCAGCACAGAAUUCAUAAGAACAUCUUGGAGUACAACAACUUAUCCAAGACUUUGCUAUACUUCCCUCUCUAUCCAUUCAAGCACGAUCCAGACAAGCCCUAAGCUCCUAGCCAAUGCAGCCCUUAACUUGACACUGUCAUCAGCUAAAUCAACUUCAACCAUGAUAUCGACGCUCUCUCAAACCCAUGGCAUGAAGCCUAGGGAGGUGUCCGCCAUGAAAGAUUGUGUAGAGGAGUUGAGUGACGCGGUGAACGAGCUUGGAAAAUCCAUGGAUGAGAUGAGUCAUGCUAGACAGUCCAACUUUCAGUCGAUGAUUGAUGACGUACAAACUUGGGUUAGUGCUGCUUUGACUGAUGAGAGCACGUGUAGUGAUGGGUUCGCAGGAAAUGCCAUGAAUGGGAAUUUGAAGACUGCUGUUAGGGGAAGGAUUGUGAAUAUAGCACAGUUGACUAGCAAUGCUUUGGCUUUGAUCAAUAAAUAUGCCUCAGACCCAGAAAUGUUGGGUUGA